CUACACGCUACGUCAAUUCGUCCGUUUGCUCCUUUCCUCCCUCUGACGGCCUCGAGCUCAGCGCGAGAAACGACGGAACGGGAAUAUUACGGGGGCAUACUGGGAACACAGGAGAAACAUCACGAAGAAGGAGGAGGCGCAUUUUGGGAAGACUGGGCAAGAUUUUCGAAACCGGUUCUUUUUCUGGGAGCUUCAAUGGAGGGAAGAAGUCUCAUGGUUGCGGUUCCUUUACUCAUUCUCACUCUCUUCAGUGAGCUCUGCAAUGGAGGUUAUGUUGGAGUUUGCUACGGGAGAAAUGCCGAUGAUCUCCCAACCCCCGACAAAGUUGCUCAGUUGGUAAAGCUCCACGACAUCAAAUAUGUAAGGAUUUAUGACUCCAACAUUCAAGUCCUCAAAGCCUUUGCUAACACCGGAGUUGAACUCAUGAUCGGUGUCCCCAACUCCGAUCUGCUCGCAUUUUCUCAAUAUCAAUCGAAUGUUGAUACUUGGCUUAAAAACAGCAUUCUCCCCUAUUAUCCUGCAACUAUGAUCACUCACGUAACUGUAGGCGCUGAAGUCACUGAAAGCUCUGAUAACGUCACUUCCUUAGUUGUCCCUGCAAUGGUUAAAGUUCACUAUGCAUUGAAAAAGGUUGGGUUGCAUAAAAGGAUCAAAGUUUCAAGUACGCAUUCACUCGGGGUGAUGUCUCGUUCAUUUCCACCGUCAGCUGGUGCUUUUAAUAGCAAAUAUGCUUCAUUUCUAAAGCCCUUAUUGGAAUUUCUUGUAGAGAAUCAAUCCCCAUUCAUGGUGGAUCUCUAUCCUUACUAUGCCUAUAGAGAUUCUUCGAGCAAUGUGUCAUUAGAUUACGCACUAUUUUCAUCUACUCAAGGUGUUAUUGACCCAAAUACUGGUUUGGUUUAUACUAAUAUGUAUGAUGCUCAAUUGGAUGCUAUAUAUUUCGCGUUAAUGGGACUGAAUUACAAGACUCUGAAGAUUAUGGUUACUGAAUCUGGCUGGCCUAAUAAAGGAUCACCAAAAGAAACUGCUGCAACUCCUGAUAAUGCUCAAACCUACAAUACAAAUUUAAUUCGCCAUGUAAUUAAUGAUACUGGGACACCAGCUAAGCCAGGAGAAGAAAUCGAUGUCUACAUAUUUUCAUUGUUCAAUGAAAAUAGAAAACCCGGGUUGGACUCAGAGAGAAACUGGGGAUUAUUCUAUCCGGAUCAAACGAGUAUCUAUAGUCUUGAUUUGACUGGUAGAGGAAAUGUGGAUGUUGUUACUGGAGAAAAUGUUACAAGUACAAACGGGACUUGGUGUAUUGCUUCGAGUAAUGCUUCAGAGUUGGAUUUGCAAAGUGCUUUGAAUUGGGCUUGUGGGCCCGGAAAUGUUGAUUGUUCAGCGAUUCAGCCUAGUCAGCCUUGUUAUCAACCGGAUACUUUGAUUUCUCAUGCUUCGUUUGCUUUUAAUAGCUAUUAUCAGCAGAAUGGAGCUACUGAUGUUGCUUGUAGCUUUGGUGGUGCAGGGAUGAGAACUGAUAAAAACCCAAGCUAUGAGAACUGCAUUUAUCCAACUUCUGGUAGUAAAUUGCGCACUGCAAAUUCUACAAUAGCUGCUCUUUCACCUAUGCCACAGAGUGGCUCUCCUCCAACUCGAGCACUGGAGGCUCUGCUUCUUGUUUUGUGUCUUCUAUUUGGUCUAGUCAUACCCUAGGGUGUAAUUUAGAUGAGCUCGACGAUUUGCCUAAUUCAGUUCAAACUGUUUUUUGCUGAAGAUGAAAAGAUCAAUGGGAAGUGAGGGGGUAGAAAUGUGGAGAUGAGGAAAUUGUUGUUAUUGUGUAUAUCUGUUGUAAGACACAUUGGUGGUUUGAAUGGCUUGAAUGUAGAUCUUUUUGCUGGUUUCUCUUAUGACUUA